CCGGCCAGGUUCACACUACCCCAAAGUCUGCUAACGGACUGACCUGCAGCUUAAACAGCGCCGGGAAGCGAAACAUCUCCUCGCCGCCCUAGCCCGCCCGCAACUAUGUGUUUAAAUACUCACGCUUCCGCUGCUUCCCCGACGCAAGCGGAUUUACACUCCCACCAUUCGAUGUGAUCUUCGUCCCUUUCGACUGUCGUAGUUCACCGUUCCGUACUGCACGCUCAUUGGUGGCCGCCAUGUUUUCCCUUUCUUUCGGCAUGUUUCCCAAUUGGAGUUGGUUUUGUAUCUUCGUGGCGCUCUUUCUAUUUCGAUAUGUCAGGUUAUGGAUCAAUCUGGCGAGCAAUUGGACCUACACACCCAUCCAUCCCGUCGACGACCCCACAAUCACCUCAAAAGACAUGACAGUCAUCAUUCCCACCGUGGCUGAGGAUCUUCAGCAAUUGAAGGAAACCAUCCAGAGUGCAUACCGCCUCGAGCCUUUCAAGGUGCUUCUGGUGACGCCCGACUCGCGAGUAAAGCGUGUCGAUCAAAUGGUUGAGGAGCUGGGCAAGCCCAAGCUGAUAGACGUGCUAUCCGUCAGCCAGGCCAACAAGCGCCGACAGCUGUGUCGGGCAAUCCCGGAGGUUGAGACCAAAAUCACGCUUCUGCUCGACGACGACGUCUGGCUCCCCGAGAAAUUCACAAAAUGGAUGUUGGCUCCUUUCGAGGAUCCGCGUGUUGGAGGAGUUGGGACAAAUCAACAGCUACGUCGCUGCAACCGCUCGAGCAUCUGGGAGUUCCUUGGUGCCAUCUACCUGGUCAGAAGAAACUUCGACUGCACAGCCUGCAAUUGGAUUGAUGGUGGCCUACCGUGCCUAUCGGGUCGAGCCGUGGCGUAUCGGUCAGAGAUCCUCCAAGACCCAAACUUCACCUACGGUUUCACGCACGAGACCUGGGGUAGCGACCACUUCUUGAACGCUGAUGACGACAACUUCAUCACACGAUGGCUCUUCUCGCACAACUGGAAGAUCCAGCUGCAAAACCACCGCGAGUGCGAAGUCGAGACAACGCUCGAGAAUGAUUCGAAAUAUCUCCGACAAUGCCUGCGCUGGGUGCGUUCUAACUGGAGGAGCAAUCUGACCAGUAUCAGUGAGCCGCAUAUGUGGAAGAUGUACCCUUGGUCCAUGUACGCCGUCUUCCAGACCACCGUCACGCAAUGGGCUUUCCUCCUCGAUUGCCUUCUAUUCGCUUCCGUUUAUUUCGCCCUGUCUGAAGCUGGAUACUACGCUGCAGAAGAUUAUGAUCAGCCCCACACCGAGAAAUGGCAACGAACCGUUUUCUGGGCUCUCUUCCUUGCUCACUGGGUCUUCGCCAAAAUUAUUAAGCUAGUUCCGCAUUUGUUAAGAAAUCCGGGCGACGUGCGCUUCAUCCCGGUCUCCAUCCUUUUUGGUUACUUCCACAACCUAAUCAAGCUGUACGGUUGCAUCACUGUCACAGAGACGACAUGGGGCACUCGCGAAGGUGCAGAUGCCGACGACAACAUCAGGAUGCUACCAAUACCACCCAUGGCGACUAUCACGCCUCCUCUCACACCUCCUCCCGGCGACCGCGUGCUCCGCGAGCGAGGCGCAAUUUUUCCUACUGUUGUAUAUUGAAAGAGCUUUUUCAUUUUGAUUAGCCAAUUGAGCGCCUUGGCGAGUUUAGGGAGUCGUAAUGUUAGACGCUCGACGAUCCGCACCAUCACUCUAUCAGCAUAUGAUCGAUAGGGGAGUGCGUUGUAUCCAUACCGACGAGCACCGGGUUUAAAGUUGCUCUUGGGUCACCAAAAACGGGACGGUCCAGAUACACGGCGUUAAGGCGGCUUUCGAUCAUCGAUCUUGCAAAGUUGUAGCGAAUUUCUUCUUAGCCAUUUCAGUUCAGGCAUUUUCGAGCGUUCACGCCCUGUAGUCUAUGCAAAAGCGUUUUAGCAUCUUAACACUACUAUCUAUUACUAUUAUCGUCG